GAAAAAAAAAAAAAAAACUAAAGCUAUACAUCUCUCUUUCACUUCUCCCUCUCUGUCUCUCUCUUCCUAACCCUAAUUUACCAAUCACCAACCAAAGCAAAUUAAGCAGACAACCCCCACAGACACCUCAAACCCCCAACACAUCUCAAGUAUAAACUAAUUAAUUAAAAAAAAAAUUACAAAAGAAGAGAGUGAGAAAUAGAAACCUACCAAAAGCCCUUUUCACUUCCUCUCCCAAGUACAACUCAACAGAAGAGAAGAAGCUAUAAACAAAGAGAGAAGAGAAUAAGAAGACAAAAAAAAGAGAGAGAAAGAGAGAGAACCUUAGCUUACCAAAUCAAUCAAAGAAUAAGAUGAAGAAGAAAAAUCCAGCUUGAUAUUUGUCGUGAAAAACAUUAUUAUUCGUUUUCUCUUCUACCUAGCUAGAGUCUCUAUUAGGUCAAAAUCAAUUCUCAUCUCUCCCUCACCGAUCAGUCUCAACAUAGAAAUGGAUCCAGUUCAAUCUCAUGGAUCACAAAGCUCUCUCCCUCCUCCUUUCCACGCUAGAGACUUCCAAUUACAUCUUCAACAACAACAACAACAACAUCAUCAACAACAACAACAGUUCUUUCUCAACCAUCAUCAGCAGCCGCAAAGAAACCCUGAUCAAGAUCACGAGCAGCAAGGAGGGUCAAUAUUGAAUCGAUCUAUGAAGAUGGAUCGCGAAGAGACAAGCGAUAACAUGGACAACAUGGGUAACAACAGUGGUAGCGAAGGUAAAGAGAUGAGUUUACAUGGAGGAGAAGGAGGAAGCGGCGGUGGAGGAAGCGGAGAACAGAUGACAAGAAGGCCAAGAGGAAGACCAGCAGGAUCCAAGAACAAACCUAAAGCUCCAAUAAUCAUAACAAGAGACAGCGCAAACGCUCUUCGAACUCAUGUUAUGGAGAUCGGAGACGGAUGUGACAUAGUUGACUGUAUGGCUACGUUCGCUAGACGCCGCCAAAGAGGCGUUUGCGUUAUGAGCGGCACAGGGAACGUUACUAACGUCACUAUACGUCAGCCCGGAUCACCAGCUGGCUCGGUGGUUAGCCUCCACGGCCGGUUUGAAAUCCUUUCUCUUUCCGGAUCUUUCUUACCGCCACCUGCGCCUCCUGCAGCCACUGGAUUAAGUGUUUACCUAGCUGGAGGACAAGGGCAGGUGGUCGGAGGCAGUGUAGUAGGACCUUUGUUGUGUUCGGGUCCUGUGGUGGUUAUGGCGGCCUCUUUUAGCAAUGCGGCGUACGAGAGACUGCCUUUGGAAGAGGAUGAGAUGCAAACUCCUGUUCAGGGAGGAAAUGGAGGAGGAGGAGGAGGAGGCGGUGGUGGAAUGGGGUCUUCACCAAUGAUGGGGCAGCAACAAGCUAUGGCAGCUAUGGCGGCUGCUCAAGGACUACCACCAAAUCUUCUUGGUUCGGUUCAGUUGCCGCCGCCACAGCAAAAUGAUCAGCAGUAUUGGUCUACGGGUCGGCCACCGUAUUGAUUAGAUUGCUACUCUUAUAUAUAUAUCACACAUGAAUUGAAUAUAUUUUAGCUAUGUACUUAUAUAUAUGUAGCUAUUUACUAAUAGAUCUUACAUAUAUAUAAAGCAAGCUAACUUGGAAUGAUUAAAGAGGAGGUGUACUAAGUAUGACGAGAAGAUGAAGACGGCGAUGAUGAAGAAGCCUUUUCCGAUGGGUUUGUGGAUCAACAAUUGAGUAGAUGUUUCAGGUUCUUCUUUGUUUAUUUUUGUCUUGUUUUAGUGGUAGUUGUUUUUUUUAAUGUUUGAUUAUGUGAGGUUUUAAGUUGUUCUUUACUUUAUUGAGUUAUUUGAUGAAUUUGAUUCUUAAUUAUGUUCGGUCUGUUUUCUUUGUUUACAAGAAUUACGUACCCAAAUCAAACUACUUAUGGUUUUAAGUU